UAUAAUGCCCUGUUAAACAUAUUCUGUUAAUUUGAAUUUUAGAUGAUUUUCUCAAUCUGCCUCACAACGAUGUUGUCUCCAGUUGCUACAAGAAACCAACCUGUGUUGACAGAGAAGUUCGUGGAACUUUUAUGUUGGAUCCCUCUUGAAAGUCUGAUUGCUCCAUUGGUUUACAACCUUGUCUUGAUUAUCAUUUGCUCAUAUUAUGGUUUCAAAACAAGGUUCUUACCAGAUAAUUUCAAUGAAUCUCGAUUUAUUUUCUUCUCUGUAAGCACGACCCUUUUUCUGUGGAUUGCUUUUUUACCAACAUAUUUCACUGCAUCAUCUGCAUAUCACAAAGCCACCCUUCUGUCAGCUCUUCUCAUACUGAACGCCUCUGUCACUCUUUUGGUGUUAUUCCUACCAAAACUUUACGCUAUCUACUAUAUUAGUGAGGAUCAUAUGAAAUUUACAGCCUCCAUUAUGACAAUAGCAAUUGCUAACCAACCUUCAGUAACGGGAAUGUCAAACAUUUCUUUUCCCCCGGCCCCACGAGCCUCAAGAUCAGGCAUUACAUUGAAUCCAAUAAGUGGUCACUUGGAAGAGCCAGCAAACGAUAAAGCUGCCUCUUCUGUAUCAUUGAAGCUUGAAGCAAGAGGAGAGCCUGGUACAGACAAUUAACAAUUAUUAGAACAGUAAAGUUGCCCCUGCUGUAUACAGCUCGAAGCUGGAGACAAGAACUUGAGACGGACAAUUAACAUUUAUUAUGACGCAACGCUGUUUUCCCCACUGAACAUUCACC